ACCGAAUGAGUGGUGUUUUGCUUGGAAAAAUAAAUAAAACAGUAAGUGAAAUCGAUGCCGAUUGCAGGCGUUUCACCACGACACAAUUAGCUGCAGCUCUAAUUGGUGUUGCUAAUGUUACAGGAUUAGUCUCUGCAUUAUGAUUUAAAUUUACAGAAUUUUUGAGAAAGUAUUAAAUAUUAUUUGUGAUUAAAUUGUGUUUGGUGGGUGCAGUAUUUUGCAAAUAUCAUAAAACACAGGGGCGUAGCACUAUAUUCUGGGCCCUAUGCCUAAGCAGUCUCUGUGGGCUGGGCCAUCCUUCUCUGGAUCCAUGUGACUCAAUGCACCUUUUGAUUUUUUUUUUUUUUUUAACAAGGUCAUUUUUCUUUCUCUCCCUUUCCUUUAUUUCUUUUCUUUUUUUGGAACCCCAUUUCUCUUUCUUGCGGAAAGACAUGACAGUAUAAGCAGUCACUCGCUCGGCUCUGACUGCGUUUAGAGAUGAAUCCUAGUACGGGGUGGACUGAACGAUUUUGUACCUCUAAGGAGUGAGAGAGGCCCCAGAAAGUUUCCACAGUUUUUUCAUACAAAGUUUAGUCUUUCAACCUAUUUAUUCAGCCAAUUUAAUUUAUUUAUACUUACUUAUUACUAUGGAAACAAUUUGCUAAGGAAAACCAAGUUUUUAUUCAAGGCUUUUCGAGGCCCCCCCUCCCAUUGGAGCCCUGUGUAAUCAUUCCCAUCUUUCCCCCUAUUAUGACAUCCCUGUAGUAACACAGUAACCGUACGAUUGCUUUCUGCACGUCAUCUUUUUAACACCGAGGCAACUAUAAAUAGGCUUCAGUCACAAUCAAAUAAAGGGACUCUUCUGCUUUGGGUGUAAUUAAAUUUAGAUUGUAUGUAUUUAUUUAGAUAUUUUGAUUUGUUUAAUGUUUUCCAAUUAAUCUGCUUUGAGUGUUCUAUUGCUGUCAAAUUAUGCAUCCUGGAUAUGUGCAGUUUAAUCGGUUUGUUAAGGUUUUCUUUAUAAAUAUGAAAAACUAACUGCAGAAGUGCGCUCAAGCCAUGAUGCUGGUUUUUCCCAUAGUCAUGAAAGCACCACUUCUGUUCCCCGCUGCAGGUCGCCUGAGCUUUCUGCUUACCAAAGCGCACUGAGUUCCGCUCAGUUUGGCCAAUCGUGUCGCGCUGUGCUUCAGCACCAUUGCAGUGUGGAGAGAUCAUACGGAGGUGUAGCUUGCUGAGAGAGGGAUCAUUUGGAGGAAAGAUACUCGACCUGGGUGACCGCUUUUGGCCAACACCACCCCCGAUACAGUCACCGUGUGACAUUGCCAUAAGCAGCUUCAGUCCGGGUGACCCUCAGUGAUUGACAGAUGUGUGACACUGUGGACAACCAUUUGCCUCUCCCAGUGGAGAUCUGAGUUCUGGGACACUGAGGCAGCCAAGGGGGGGUCUCUGAGGAAGAUGCUGGGUUCAGAGCGCGGAGUUGUCGAAGAAUGGCUCUCAGAAUUCAAGUCCUUACCAGAAACCCACAUCCCCAGCUACGCCGGCAGCCUUCAUCUAAAGAAGUCUCUGGUGCCAGCUCUCUACAGAGUCAUCCAGGACCCCAACAAUGAGCUGCUGGAGCCUGUGUGCCACCAACUGUUCGAGCUGUACCGGAGCUCUGAAGACCGCCUGCGCCGCUUCACCCUGCAGUUUCUGCCCGAGCUGGUGUGGGUAUACCUGCGCGUCACAGCGAGCAGGGAUCGCCAGAGCAAUGGGUGCAUCGAGGCCCUCCUCCUGGGCAUCUAUAACCUGGAAAUCGUGGACAAAGAUGGCAACAGCAAGCUCCUCUCCUUCACAAUCCCCUCCCUGUCCAAACCAUCGAUAUAUCAUGAGCCUUCUAGCCUGGGGUCCAUGGCAUUGACAGAGGGGGCCCUCUGUCAACAUGACCUGAUCAGAGUGGUGUACAGCGGCCUCCACCCACAGAGAGAGACCUUCACGGCUCAGAACAGGUUUGAAGUGCUGUGUUUCCUCAUGCUGUGCUACAACUCUGCUGUGGUGUACAUGCCGCUAUCUUCCUAUCAGUCAGUUUGCAGAAUGAGCUCACGGCUGUGUGUAUGUGGCUUCCCCCGGCAGCAGCAGAAGCUCUGGAGGGAACCGUGCAAUCGUGUGCUGCUGGACCCCGAGUUCAUGGUGCAGAUGCUGACUGCCGUUUAUCAUGCCAUAUACAAUGGAGAGUGGGAGAUGGGGCGGGAAGCUCUGGAGGACAUUCUGUACAGAGCCCAGCUGGAGCUUUACUCCCAGCCUCUCCUGCUGGGGAAUGCCAUGAAGAACUCGCUGCCAGAGACCGCUCCCGAUGAGUCACGGGGGCGCAAGGUGCUCCAGGUGGAGGUGACACCCACCAUCAGCCGCAUCUCCAUCUCAGCCAUCACCACCGCCUCCAUACGACGCCACCGCUGGAAGAGAGAGGAUGCUGAUGGUAUGAGCGGCGGGGAAGAUUCCUUCAACGUCAAUGACCCGGACGAGGGUUUCUCCUCCGGGGCCUCCAACAGCAGCCAGCCAAGCGGCACCAAGGCGGGCGGCAGCGUGGGGCAGAGGGGCGGCAGCCUGAACAGCAGCAGCAGCAGCAUCAAGAAAGCCAUCACAGCCCGGCUGUCUCGAGACAAGGAGAAGGAGCGGGAGAAGGAGAGGGAGAGGGAGGCGGAAAAACAUGCAGAUUUGUCAGCAGAUCACCAGGCUGCUGUGAGGAGGCACCACGCGAGGCAGCAGUCGCCUCCAGCCAGCAUCAACUUGGAUGCCAUCCAGCUGAGCCCCAUAAAGAAGCACCUGAGCUUCCCGGCAGGGCCCACGUUGGUGCGGACUGGCAGCACCUCCUCCAGCAAGUCCUUUGACUGCACAAAUUUCAACCUGAACGGAGGCGACAACGAGCGAGAGGAGGCAGUGGGGGGCUCUGACAAGGAAGGAGGGCUUCCUGUAGGCGGCUCCCACCGCCACUCCACCAUCAGCCUGCAGGAGGAGCACCUCAUCAGACCAGAGGACGCCCAAGACCUCCUGUCUCCUGGAGCUCCUCUCACCAAGCAGUCCCGCUCCCCCAGUUUCAACAUGCAGAUCAUAUCACAGGUCUAACAUGCAGUGCAGGGCAUAAUACACAUCCACACACACACACACACACACACACACACACACACACACACACACAUAAAAUACCUGUUCAUAGCACUCAUCCUCAUGCAGUUUUUCUCUGCAACUCUUUAACCCUACUACAACAACUUCUGUCUACCUAUCUGUGUUGGUGUGUGUGUGUGUGUGUGUGUGUGUGUGUGUGUGAUUGUGAUUGUGUGUGUGUGUAUGUGUGUGUGUGUGUGUGUGUGUGUGCUCAAGAGUUGUGUCUCCACCCUUUUAACAUCCAUUACAAUCGUGACCUGAAGUCGUCACCGGUGGAUUUAGCGUUACUGAAAAUGCAACAAGAGAAAAGUAGUAAAUGAUGACGGCCCACUGCUGUAACUACAGUCCAGCAUGUCACUGCAUCCUCCCGUCAGACCGAGCUGAGCAUUCCACACAUAAACUCUCCUCAGAAAAGGAGGAAGUGUCGAGAGAAAACUCGUACGGAUGCCACGCUAGCUGCAGGAGACAUGUAUGACAUUUCAGUUUUUUGGUUUUUUUUUUGUUUUUUUUUUUGAGUUCCUGACUGAAUCAGUCAAAAAAAAUAAAUCAGCAAUAACACUUACCGUCGCUCAUGUGGAGAAGAGUGGGGAUUAUUGCUCUUUCUCUUCAUUCCUUCCCUUUCAUUCCCGGGCUCACGUGCAAUCGUUCUUGCUGAUUAUCUUCCUUGUUAAUUAGGCAUAAAUGGUUUUAUGAAUAAAAUUUCUUUAAUGUUUUUUUUUUUGUUUGUUUUAAAUCACAAUCCAAAGAAGGUAGCAUUUCUUUUUCGUCACUUGUCUGACAGUGAUUUGGCAGAAAUCAGUCAGACCAAAGUGAUGCUCUAGUUUUCAGCCCACAAUCUUCCUUUUAUUCAAAUCUUCUCAUUUGAUCUGUAAAUCAGACUUUUAAGAUUGUUGUCAAACCAAACUGGAAUGUGGUUUUCUUGCCCCAAGCUUUUAACUGGACAAAUCUGACGAAAUCACUACUGUGCAGCUUCAUCUUGUGACUUGAUUUAAAACCUUGAAGCUGAAUCUUGCUGAAGAACUGGAUGAAAACAUUGUAGACAUGCAGGUUUGUGUCUGAAGCUAAAAGGCAAUGACUGUAUUUUAUAUUAGAUUGUUAUUAUGGUUUCAACCAUUGAAUGGGUUCUUCCAUCUGAAAGCCCCCCUGUAGGUGUGUUUGUCAGGCUCUGGCUUGUGCGCGGUGUCGUGCCUGAGCCGGUGGUGUACUGCCCUCUGGAGGCUCGUACUAGUCACUGCGCAUCAGCCGUCACCAUGGCAAUUGUCUUGCAUUUUGUGCUCUGAUUGGAUGCUCAUGAAACAUUUUGUUCUACCUCAUUGUGUGUUCACCCUGCCACUCAGACACCUGUCUCCCAAUCAGAGGCAGGAUUUAGAGACCCCAUUAGGUUUGAAACUGGAGUGCUUGACCAGUUUGGGGGAUAUAUAGUGGGGGGGGGCAAACUGGUUUCACACUGCAACUGUAAUGACACUGUAAAAUCUGUUCAUGUGAGGAGCUGUGACUGAGUAUCUCAGCCUUGCAUUUCAGUUCAAUCACACCAUGCACAAAACCUAGCUGCAAAACUAGAACACGACUGUCUUCAGGUUUCUCUGUCAUAUAUCAAACAACCACGUCGGGAUUAACCUGAUUAUUUCAACUCCCUACAAAUGUCCUGCUUAUCUUUAUUGUUUUUAUGUAAUGAUUUUUGAAGUGCAAUUUUUUUAUCCUCAUGUGCAUGGAGUUGGAUCUUCUCUGCUGUUAAAUGCCUGCAUCUGCGCACAGUGCUAGCUAGCCUUCUGUAGUGCUCCCCGCCCAGGCUGAGUGAUUUGAACAUGGCGUGCUUGUCUGCAUGUUUAGUGCCCUGCAAAGCACUGCUGUUUCAGAUGCGUGAAACAGCCAGCGAGCCAAACCCAAGUCUCAUCCUUGUCUUUGCCAGAUGUGCCAAUACACAUCCUCUCCUUAAGGAAGAUAUGUUUUGCUUUGGGUGUCUUAAGUUAAAAUGCCUGUUUUUUUCUCUAUUCUGUUUACUGGUCUUAUUUCAAAUUAAGGGACAACAAAAGGGAUGUUUGGACGUAUGGCUCAACGUGCCCUUAGAUGCAGCUUCACCUCCUUUUUUUUGCCAUGAUUUUUCUUUUCACUCAUCACAGGUGUGAACUGUACUCUGACAGUCAUCACUAUUUGCUGUUCACAUGUAAAAGCAGUAUAUUAUGCGUCUGUGUACCGUGGAUUGUCAGCUGUUGUAUUGCAUUUCCCACGUCUUGCUCACGUGCUUGUGUAGAAUGAGGAUGAAUGAUUAAUGUAUAUAAAAGUCAGUUCAGUCUGCAGUGAAAAAUCCCCCACACACUCAUGCUCCCACUGUGCUGGAAAAAAACCCUUCACAGCUGCUGCUGCUCCUGGUCCUGAGUGAGUCCUGUGUGCGCUUUAGCCUUAAAACAUUUCAGGCCAAAAAGCCUCCAUCGUCGGCUCUUCGGCCUCACGUGCUCCUCCUCCUCCUGGACUGUGAAAGAAGAAGAAGAGAGGAGUGCAGCUACAGUUCACACUCUCACCUGGUCUGUCUGCUGUCAUCCCUGUGCUGUGUGGCUCACGACGAGCUGUUUCCCAUUUGCUGUAUUUUGCCGUGAGUUGAGUGGCACCUUUUUUGCUGUUUUAAAAACUGGUGACGUGUUCAUGUCAUUAAUACGAGUGCCCCUGACCAAGGAUACCAGCAGCCAUGUUGGUACUGUAUGUUGACUUAGAGUAACGGAUAGACAAAUACCCCUCGGUGUCUGGUGUUAUUUGCAUGUGACCAGGGCGGGAAAUGAACACCAGGUGGACUGUGGCUGAAAAUUUUAUCUACUUUUCAUUUUUGGUCGAAUAAUAAGCUCAGAAAUCCUCAUGAGGUCCACUUACAUUUCAAAAAAAAAAAAGUCUAGUUUUGGUGGUUUAAAAUAGGGUUCAAUUUGUUCUUGUCAGCCACUGUCACUGGUGGAUAAAGUUAAUUUCCUGCCCUGUAUGUGAUAACUGUGGGCUUUUGUUUUCAUACAGUAUAAUGCACUUUAAUCCAUCCACCUCUCUCCUCAAGAUAGUUAUUGAAAUGAUAUAUAUAGAUGUGCAAACGUGUAUACACUCAAUGCAGGGUUUUAGUCUCUUUAAAGUAGUACUUCUAUGUGAUGUCACAUCCAACACAAUGCUAUUUUUGUUAAAGUCUAAGGGUACAGCUAUUUAUUUGUUUUUUUUUCUUUUCAAAACCAAAAAUAUAUAUAUACAUAUAUAUAUGUUACGGGGGUUCUGGAAGGUCUCAGGAGUUUAUCAAAAAGCCACAUUUUUAAAAUGGCAGCACCAAAAUUUCUGUUCUUGAAGUCAGAAUUGAUUCUAUGCAACAUUUUUUCCCCUUUUUUGUUUUUGGUGUUACCGGCUUUCAUCGAUCCGUGUCGGGUGGGAUGGGGCAGGUGCGUUUAAGCUGAUUUUUAAGGUGCAAGUCCUCAACAGCGUCCCCCCCUCCUCGUCUUCAUCCGGCGAUUCUGUUUAUACACCCUGUAGUGGUGCUACAGAGCGAAGGACCUCUCUCAUGUGGGUGAUAUAAGAGGACCAUCCAUUUGUCAUCCGACUGCCCUCACAGAGAGAAAGCCACACCGGGACUUUUGGUGCAUGUCGAGCCCUUCUGUCAGUUUGCUGCUCUGUGGCUCAGAGACGUCAGCUGGUGUAUGAAACAUAAAGAUUAUCAAUGAUGAAUCUAAUCUAGAUGCUUCGAGGGAAGCUGCUGGAUGAUGUGAUAACACUGUACUAUUGAUGUUGUAUAAAUGGAGAGAAAGACUUAUUUUAAAUCUUGUAAAUAGACAAAUGUACAAAGGUGAAAGCAAGAUAAAUAUAAAAAACUGAAGAUCAGCCUGAGAUGUAGAGAGAAAUUAAUCUGUAUAUUGUUGAAUAAAUAUUGUGCCGUAAGGGA